CAACCACCACCACCAUACACCCACACACUCUCAUCAUCUCGCCCUCCUUCCCUUCACUCUACUCAUAAACUCCACGCACACCUCUCUCUCUCUCCUACACCACACUCAUUCACGCGCAUUCUACUCUACACCGCUCGCAAAAGUAACUCUCCCCGCACUGCACUCCCAAAAUCUCGCCAAGCGUCCGUCCUGGUAAUGGCUGCGACCUGAACCCGUCAUCAAGAUGCUCGGGUCAACUAGUACCGGUCCAAAACAAGACCUCUCCUUUGCAGACCAGCAAGAGUUACUCGCAUUCAUCGAAAAGAGAAACUGGUUCGAGGAAAAGCUAGAGGCUCUCAAGUCGCUCGCACCAGUCUACCCCUUUGUCCACCCCAUACUCGUCACAGAGCCCCACAGCGCUACAGGCUAUGUUCGUCAAGGUGCCGACGAGUCGCAGUGGCGACUCCCGGACCGGGCGCAGCUGCAGGCAUGGGUCAAUGAGAGAGACGCCCUGGAAGACGAGGUCGACCGCUUCGACGACGGCGACAUGGAACGCAUGAAGGAGAAGACUCGUCAAAUGACACGGGUGCCCCUCACAAAGCCAUCCACCGACCUGGUCGAGGUUACGCUCGACCUGAUCCUGCUGAUCGACCAGCUGCUCACGCACCUGCGUCAGAGAAGGGCGGUGCUUGACCUCGCUUCCCUCCGGCUGCAAUGGGACGACCUUCGGUUCGAAGUCACCCGAGAGGCCGAGAGCGUCAAAGGCGAGAUCGAACACGUCGUCUCAGAAGCCCAAGCAUGGGUACCGGGCAUGCCCCUGCCCGACCGGCCAGAGCGUAGGAACAGUUACAGGCACUACGGUUACCCAUCGCGCUACCGUAGUGGGCUGCCAGGUUCGACGUCUAACACGUCGUUACCAGAGACAGCUUCGGCACCAUCGACACCGCCGUCACCAGCCAAGCAGUCGCUCCCGCCAUCACCCACCAAAGCCACCCCCCCAUCACACCGGGUGCCCGGAUCGCGAUCACCACGUGUACCCGGAUCGCCCACCAAGCCGAAUGCCCCGCGCCCGGGCCUCCACCUGUCCAUCCUCCACUCCCAAAUUGUCGGCCUCCAGACCCGCCAGCGCAACUUUCAGUACAAUCUUGUCAAGCGAAGCGGCGCGAUCCUCGACCGCAUGAUCGACAUGGCGGUCGGCCCCGCCCGUUUGAAGGACCUCGGCGGCGUCGAUGGGCCCCUCAAGGAAGGCCAGGAUCCGAACCGCGGCAUCGUUCCCGACGCGCUCAUCGACCUCCAAGACGAAAUCGAAAGGAAGGCGGAGGACAUGCACGACAUUGUGCGGUGGUGCAGCGAGUUUGAGCUACAGACGCGCCAGGCCCAUGAACACUACAACGCAUCGAUGCGGUCACAAAAGGCUGCCACCGACUUUCUCACGGAAAUUGAGGCGGCGCUGGCCGUCCCUGCCUCAAGUCACCGCCAUGCCGAGUUGGCAAAGAUGUACGCUGAGAGUGCGGCCUUGCUGCCUUCGCCGAUCGACGAUACGUUCCCUCAACCGUCGUACCCAGGUUACGAGUCAAAGGACCAGCACAACGCUGCUGUCGUCAUGGCGUUGGCUACCGCCCGCGAGAACAGCCAAGUCGAUCUCGACUUGGGAGCCAAGGCAUUGGCCUUUUACGCUUCGCUUCUCAAGGCCAAGGAUUCGCUUGUUGCCCAGAAUUCGAGAGUUGAAGCAUUGCGGCAUCAGCUCACUGCAAUCGUCGCCCGACUCGACAAGGGAUCAGAUUUUGCACCGCGGCCCUCACUGGUUGAGGUCGCGCAGAAUGGCGGCGAUCACGAAGGCUGGCUCAGCAAUGUGCAUGACUGGAUCGAAUCUGGUGACGUGAUCACCCGUGAGGCUACCGACAUGCACGAAGCAACGACGCUCGCUGUCAUGCAGUACCGUAAAGCGCUGCUUGGCGCUCCGAUGGCAGUCAAGCGUUUCCUGCCUACAAGCGGGGUCCCCGACGACCUUGGGCCGAUCGUUGACGACAACACAACAGACCUUGUCACCUUGGCGAGGCGAUGUGCAGAGUUGUCCCGAGCAGUCCGAACAGACGCCCAAGCGCUCCCGCUCGUCAGUCGUGUUCGGCUCGAUACGGCCACACUUGCCGAGGAUGCCGAUACUUUCCACAACACUGUUAUUCGGGCGGUCAAGCUCGCUGCUUGGUCCUCUUCGCCUCCCGCCGCUGUGCCUACAGACCUGAACGACAAGAUGAGCGCCUUUGCCGACCGCGCAGACGACGUGGAGAACGAUAUCCAGAGCGUUCAACAGCUGGUUGGCGCCUCAGCACCAACUGUGGGCCCGUUGUUACUGUCGACAGCCGGCCGUAAUCGUGAGAGACUGGUCGACGCGUAUCGCGAUCUCGCCUCCUUCACCAAGGUGGCAGAGCAAAGCAACACCGUCCGCCUCAUUCAGACCGAAGCCCAAGACUUGCUGGCGGCCAUUGAGCUCGCCCGGGGAUCGAUUGACAAUGGUACGGCGGAAGCGAACGCCGAGAACGUCGCUCUCCUCAAGGCCAAGGUUACGGGGUGGGAUAAUGCCCUUGUCAAGCGCGUCAAGUUUGUCUCAAGUAAUCCGCCAUCUUCGAAUGAUGCGAACGAAUCGUCGCGUGCCGGUGGCGGACCACCAACUCCUCCCCUUACGCCGCUUGGCACCGAGGUGGACUCCAGCAUGUUGGCACUGCCCAACCUUGUUGCGCUUGAUCGCCGCGUCCGCAAUGAAGUCAACCACCAGUCGGCCCGAGUUUCAUCCGCGCUGUCGCAGCUCAUUUCCACCGUCCGCGAGACGUCGGUCAAGCAAUGGGAGGAGCCCGUCAACCAGGCGACGACUGAGCUGAACGACGUCUCGGACAAGUUGGCUGAGGUGCUCGCUGGGCUCAACAAGCAUGUUGACAAGGCCAAGGCCGCCACCCUGCAUGAGCGUGUCGAGCUUGCCAUCGCAGCGAGGGCUAUCGGUGCGGACGCUUUGCCAGCACCAGUCGCGGCGGUUCAUACCCACAUUACCCGACUGCACAAGGUUCUCGGCGCCAACAACAGCUUCAACCUCGACACGCACCGAACGGCUGAUAUCUUCUCCACGGCAGAUGUCGCGCGAGAAGCUGGCGUUGGACGCGUUGCUGAAGCUGAGCAAUGGCAGCGAGACGCCGAUAAGCUUGUUUCGGAUGCCCAGGCCGCGGUGUAUGAAGACGCCCAGGCGAAGGCACAGGCGGUCAUCGAGAAGAAGGCAGCCCGUGCAGCUGCGAACCCCCGAAGUGUGGUCAAGACGUUAGCCGCGAGAUUGGAGGCGUUACAGCUGGAUUCGUUGGUCAAGCCAACGUCGUCGGCACUUCGCACGACGCCAAAGCACCGCCGCCUGCCCAGCUCGGAUAUCGCCAAGCAAAUCUCAUCAAGCCUCGAGUCGAUCACUCAGGACGCCAACGCUCUUGCAUCGGAUCCCGACAGAUCAGAUGACGUUGACAUGCUGCUGGAGCGCCUCAAGCGUCAGAAUGCCCUCGUCACCCAGUUAGAUGGCCUGGCGCUCGUCUCGGACGCUGCCGCACACUGCGACAAGGCGUUCAGUAAUCUCCUGGACGCCAUCGACGAUGGCCACGACACACCGGCAGCCAAGGCAGCCGAGCGCGAAGCGAGCAUUACCGUCGAGGCAUUGCAGAAGGCAGCUGAGCCCCACCAGGCGGAUCCUAGAGUUAGUGCUGAGGUCGACCGCGUCACAAACGCAUGGAGAGAGCUGCGGAGCCUCGCCGAGAAUGAGCCAUAUGCUCCCAGCUCGGCGGGCGUGUCGACUGUGGGCUCCGCAGCUGGUUCUGAGAUUGGUCGCCAGCGCCCCCCUUCCGUUGCCUCAGCGAGAUCGGACAGGACGGUAUCUUUACCGACCGAGUUAGUCUCGGCGCAGCCUGAGCCCCGACCUAAUGUCGAGACAACGCCUCGCAAUAGAGCGUCGUCACUGGCUGAAGCGCGCCGCAACCGUUCGCUGUCGGUCGUGGAACGACCUGUGCCCCCGGUUGCAAAGGGUCACGAGACGCCAAGCAAACUCAGACCCCGCCCGCCACAACCUCGCCCACGCCCCUCGCUCGACUCCAGUCGUCCGCCGCCGCGCUCUCGCCCUUCGUUGGACUCGGCCUUAUUCUCGCCUCCUGUUCCCCGCAUUCGCAAAACAGCACCACCUAACGCUGUGGCCUCGAGUUCGACCCCCAAGCAGGCAUCCAUUGUCAAGACGGUCCCAAAGCCGUUCAACCUGUCACGAUCCAACUCGUUCACCAGAUCCUCGCGCUCAUCGUCGUUCACCGACUUUGGCAGCGAGCUUGGUGUGUCGCCACCAACGAAGCCUGCGAGCACCGCGCGGUCUGUGCGAUCGUUGAGCAGCGUCGCGUCACGGUCAAGCCUCGUAUCGAGCACCUCCCAUCGCUCACUCCAUCACUCUCGCAGCCGCUUAGAUGUGGCUGUGAAGAGAGUGUUGAACACUCUGGAUGUCGACGUCCCCGUGGUCCCCGCUGGCCCCGAAACGCCCACAUCUGAAGACUGGAAGGACGAAUCGGGCUGCUACUGGAUCGGCACUGGCUCUCGCGCUCGGCUGUGUUUCUGCCGUAUUCUACGCUCUCGGACGGUCAUGGUUCGCGUCGGUGGUGGAUGGGUCGAACUAUCCCGCUACCUUCUCGACCACUUUGCUGACGCGUUAGGCGAAACACCUGAAGACGUUGACAAGCUCAAGCAUCAGCAUGCGCCGGCUGGCACGGGAGAGUGGCAGACUGCCCCAAUUGCCAUCACCUCGGCCACCCUCGCGGCUACUACUGCCCUGUCGGCCUCACUGUCCGCUUCACGAGGUUCUGACGGCUCACCACGAACGCCUGGGCGUGCCUCGCUCCCCCUUUUCCCGACCGAUGGUUCACCGCAUCACGUACCAGCAGCCGCAACGCCAGACCGCCGAGUUAGUGCUCCGCUCCCGUCUGGGAGCAGUCCUCCAAGCGCACCAGGGCCUGGAAGUCCGCUUGUACCGCUGCAGUUUAUCCGCAAAGCGAGCGAAAGCCCAAGUGUACGCGAAAAGGAGCGUGAGCGCAUUCGGUCGCGCCCAGGCGUCCAUCGUGCGACCAGUCUCGAUGCGUAAACGGCUCAAGGCAGAAGUGGCGGCCAUGGCCAAGGCGUCUGUCGCUGCCAUGAUCUCUGCCAUCGACGAGUCGUUACCUCCCACUCCGAUUUCUGCCUUGCAGGACAAGGCGGCAGUAGGGGCGGAAGAGCCACUUGAACGGCCCUUCCCUGUAACCUACGAGUCAUUGGGCCCACCCACUGCCGACGAAUCACCGCCGGUACCACCACCGCCUUCAACUAUACCUACACCCCCGCCCCUACCACCAGCAUUCCCAUAUUCAUCACCACUGUACUCUCCACCUACGUCACCACCGCCGCUCCAUACACGGCGCUCCUAUACACCACCGCCAGGCCCACCGCCUCCAAAGGUCAAGGCCAGGAAGGUCAAGACUGAGGCCGCGGUUGUGUCCCAAUUUUGGGUUUUUCUGUGUUUUGGUUCCCAGCUUGAGGCCUGCUCUUAGACUGCGC